GGCCCGGUUGCGGCUGUCAGAUCCGUUAUCAUCAUUAUCUUUAUCGUUAUCGUUAUCGUUAUCGUUAUUUACCAUCUUAUCGGGAUUUUUAAGCGGAAGCUUUCUAACUUCAGCUCAUCGACCUUGAUUUCUUCUUUCAACGAUGACGACAAAAAAAGAGCCAAUUGGGCUUUAGCAAUAGCAUUGGUCUUCAUGGACUGAAAUGAAGAGCCUUGAUGGUCUGCAGUGGACGUUGAAGUCCGCAAGGCCACGAUAUGCUUCCUUCUACACCAUGCCAAGAGCUCAGGUGAGCUUCUUAACCUGGAAGAGUUCCGGACAAGCCGGUUCUCCUAGAUUGUUGUGUCACAGCAAAAUACUCGAGAGGCCAGUCAAGCCCUCGAAUCCUACACGACAUGUUCUAUCUCGGCCUAUGCGCGCUGUCAUGCGCCAAAUUCCACACCCCGUAGUCGUUAUUACGACUCUGGAGAACGCGCAUAGUAUAGCCGAGGUCAGAGAUUGGUCCAAUGAUCAGGUCCUACCUCCAGUCCCCAGAGCGAUGACUGUAUCGUCAUUCACGUCUUUAUCUGUCGAUCCCGUACCGCGGGUCACCUUUAAUGUUUCUCUGCCGAGCACAACUUAUCAAGCCCUUAUGAAAUGCGGGAGGUUCAAUGCUCAUAUACUCAGUAGCGAUGACCAUGGUGUUAGGAUCGCGGAUUUAUUCACUCGAGGUAAUAGGCUUCCGGUAGCCGAGGAGACAACUAGAAACGUAGGACAGCCAGACCUAGGUGUCCUAGCGGGUUUAGAAAAGAUCGGGGUUCAGGUGUUAGGGCAGGAGAGAUGGCAACAAGAAUGGGAGCAGGCUAAAGACUACAGAGAAAAAGUCGCUGCCACCGGAGCUAUGAAUAUGAAUAACCCUGAUAUCGACUUGCCGCCAUCAGGCACUCUGCCGGUGUUACAGGGCCAAGGCGUUAUGCACGUGUUAAAGUGUGAAUACCGUCACUUAUCGCCUCCUGUAAACGGAGACUUUGAUCAUCAUGCUAUUGUCAUCGGCGAGGUCCUGGACAUAAUACCCGGAGAGUCUAAGAACGACAAUAGCAUUGCACUCGCGUAUGCGGACAGGGCAUACCGACAAAUAGGAGAGAAGCUGCUAGACAGACCUACAUCUGACCAAGAAUCCUCUUCAGGAAAACAAGGAAAUUAGGCCUUCGAUGAAGAUUUAACACCAAUCUCCGUCUACUCACGAACAUUAGCAAGCCACAUGCGUAACUGCACAGCUCUCAAUUCUAAUGCAGAGCGAAACAUAACUCCUCAAACAUCCGCUAUUCUUAUCGUACGCAAAAUUAUAUGAGACAUGGUCCUAGUCGCGUUCAUCAUAAGGGAAAGGCUCUUAUAGCGAGGCAAGGUAGCAAUAUCAAUUUUUGUAUUCUCAGCUCUGCUUUCUCGAUGAUCGAGAUUUUAAAAGGAAUUUACCAUACUUAGGGGAUGGUCAUAAAUCAAUCACAUACUACCUAUUUAUAUCUCAAAAGCAUAGUUUAAACACCGCUCAGUAGAGCUCAGGCCGCUAUUCCCGCUGCCAAAUGAUCAUUUAAGUCAAAAUCCUAGGACGACUUUUUAGAGAUAGAACUGCCACAUUCAAUACUCCCGUCGUCGAGAACUAUUUAUUAUUGUCCCGUCUAGUACGCUGGUUGCGAGAAUAAUCCGCUACCUUGGUUUCAACGCCGUCGUUUUCUUUCG